AUGGGCCGGCAGUGCACAGGAGCAGCACGCACCGCGGCAGAAGGGGACAAGCAGCACCCAGACGACAAAACACGCCCCCAUUGUCCAACUCCUUCCUCGCUCCCCCCAGUCACCGGCGCUAUAAAAGCGGCCGGCGGGAACAGGGCCAUCAACCAAACCCUCCUCCAUCCGACCAUGGUGCUACCGUGGUUCGAUGCACCCAACUCGUGGGCCAUGGCCGCCUUUCUGGCCGCGUUCCUCCUCGUCCGACGAUGGACGACGUCGGGCUCCAAGGGUCGCCACUGUUCUUCCGAAGGGGUCCGGUCUUCGAGCAGAUGCCCUCCGGGACCUCGUGGGCUGCCCCUGGUAGGGUUCCUGCCCUUCUUGGGCAAGGACUUUCAUCGGACCCUGCAGACUCUAGCCGGAGUGUACGGUCCGGUGUACCAGAUCUUCCUGGGGUCCAAGCGGGUCGUGGUCAUCAGCGACCACAAGCUGGUGCGCAGGGCCUUCAGUCAGGCGGCGUUUUCCGGCCGCCCGGACACCGAGCUCACCAAGCUGCUCCAGGGAUACGGCAUCGUGAACUCAGCAGGCGCCCUGUGGCGAGAACAGCGGGCUUUCCUGCACCGCGUCUUCAGGGACUUCGUGCCCAGACACGGGCGGCCCGGAAGCGUGGCGCUCGAGCAGAAGAUGCAGGUGCACAUCGGGGAGUUCCUGGCGUCAGUCGACUUGUUCGAAGGCAGCUCGUCGCAGGUGCGGCACUCCAUUGCCCGCGCCGUGAGCAGCAUCCUGGGAUCGUUUCUGAUGAGCGUCACCUACUCGUCGCGAGACUCCAAGUUUGAGCAGUUGCUGGCACUCUUUGAGGAAGGCUUCCGGCUGCUCACGCUCGCCGUACCCGUCAACUUCAUCCCGGCCUUGCGCUACGUGCCGGGCUCCAACUGGGCCUACCGGCGCAUCAAGCGAAACCGGCGCAAGACGGCGGACUACUUCCGGAGAAUCACCGACGCCCACCGCCUGUCCUACGUCGAGGGAACGGUCCGGGACAUUGUGGACGCCUACCUGGUGCAGCUGGCCCAGGACAAGGCCAGGGGCCCGCCUGACCGGGACGGGAGCUCCUACUUCUCGGAGGAGCAGCUGGUGCAGGUGCUGAUGGACAUCUUCAGCGCUGGCCUGGAGACAGUCACGUCCACCCUCGAGUGGGCCAUCCUCUUCCUCGUGCGCCAUCCAGACGUGCAAGAGCGCGUGCGGCACGAGAUCGAGGCCCACGUCAGGCCCCACGGGAGACGGGCAACCAUGGCCGACCUGCCGGCCCUGCCAUACACCGAGGCCACUAUCCUGGAGGUGCUACGGCGGGCCAACGUCAUCGCCCUCGGAAAUGCCCACGCCACGCUCUGUGAUGUGGAGCUGGCGGGCUACCACAUUCCAGCGGACACGCACGUCAUCUCCAACCUCUGGGCCAUCCACAUGGACACUGAGCUGUGGCACGAGCCAGAGCUCUUCAAUCCAGGGCGCUUCCUAGUCAAUGGCAGGGUGCACAAGCCAGACUUCUUUAUGCCCUUCUCGGUUGGGCGCCGCAUGUGCCUGGGGAAUCACCUGACGCAGACGGAGGUCUUCCUGUUUCUCAGCAACCUGGUGCAGAGGUACAGCCUCGAGCUGCCACCGGGAGAGAACCUUCCAUCGAUGGACGGUCAUGUCGCAGUCUCCCAUACCCCCACGCCCUUCAAGCUCAAGGUCACGCCAAGGGCACCUCUAUGCAAGGCCGUCGCAUGAGCAAACGACAGCACAGAGUUUGUUUCACAAUGCAAUGUUGCAUUGUCAUGCUCCCAACAACUGCCGUUUAUGAAAAUGAAAUGAAGACGGGGCAACGCAGCGAAACGAGGUGGACAGUUGCAAACGACGGUGCAGCCAUGGCUCCGAAGUUCUGGUGCCAAGGUCCGACCAGCGGAAAUGGAAGUAGUCACUGCCGCAAUCCUCCAACAGUGGACUAUAUUAGUCAUACCCAGGUCCUGUUGACACCUUUGUUGCUGGGAAGUUAUACGCAGACUUUGCUCAUGCAAGGUGACCGAGCUGGAGUGGAUGGAGACUCACCUAAUUUCAGGGGUCAGAAAUGUGAGAACAAGUGACAUUGACACUUUGUGUCGUAGAAGCCGAAAGGUUCCAGACACAGAAGUCAAGGCCACAUACCAACUGUAGGCUUAUUCUCAGCUCUUGUAGAGCCACAAGGAAGCAUGUUAAGGAAAAUGCUCUUGCUCAAGCUCUGUAAGAAGCGAUACAGAGAAACCUAUUAUCGUGCCAAUCUCAGUGCCAUACUCAAAAUUUUCAUUGCAUGAGCAAGAACCCCCAAAGUCAAGUGACAGUUUUUCCAGACGAGAUCAAUCAACUGUAAUGGCAGCAUGUGCCUGGACUGAGCUAGGGAUACAUCCGUAAUGACCCUAGAAAGUAUCAAGUUCGGGCCCACUAUACACUGUAAAUGUGCCAAAUCAUUGUGAGGCUUCGUAUCAACCAUCUAUGUCCUAUGACAAAGCAAGCAGUCUACACUUGGAUAGAUUUGGGCAUGUUUCACAUGUUAAAAAAGUCACAAAUCAUAGAUUACUUCUAUAAAUGCACCGAACAGCAUAAAAAGAUAGACAGAGAUCAAUUGAUCUACUCCAGUCCAACAGGAUCUCAAAAGCCCUUGUGAUCUCGUGUACAUAGGAGUUUACAAAAGUUACCUGCAAGUUGUUGUCAUUAUUGUCGCCUCUGUUGAAUCUUUCUUCCUUACAAGUUGUUACCACCUGUAAAUAGCUUGCCAUUGUUUGCUGCCUCAAAUACAAACUCUCGAAAAAAAAUACUUGC